AUGCAGAAAUGGGAACUCUGGUCUGUGGUCUUCCUGGCCCUCCUCUCUGCACAGGCCCCUCCACACCCUGACAUCAGUAUCCAUUCAGCCUUGUCAGAGUUGUCCCAGAUAUGCCCCCUGGUAUGUCCCCUGUUCCAGACAGAGUUCAAAGGUCACUGCUACAGAGUCUUCCCCAUCAACAAGACCUGAGCUGAGGCCAACCUACACUGCUCUCAGUUUACUGCUGGUAGGAAAUCUGCCAAGCUGGCCUCUAUUCACAUCUGGGAGGAGAGUGUCUUUGUCAUUCCUGUAUCCUGGUGAGCAGUGAGCAGCUGUGUUCCUGACAUCUGGAUAGGCCAUCAUGACCAUAGGCAGGUGGAUCUUCACCCAGACUCUCUGCUUCUUCUGUUCCCAGCAUUGAGAUUCUGGAACAAUAACAUCUGCCACAGGAAGUUUACCUUUGUCUGCAAGAUCCCGUCUCUGAGCAUUCACUGA